AUGAGGCCAGCACCGCUGACGACGAUUAUUGGGACCAUUCCCCUCAUGCCAAAUGCCUUGUCAUCAAAUCAAGCUGGAGGAGGAGGAGCUCAGGGACUUCAAGUACAGCCAAUAACUCCACAACUGCUAACCAAUGCCCAGGGUCAAAUCAUUGCCACCGUGAUAGGGAAUCAGAUUCUCCCAGUGAUCAACACCCAGGGAAUAACACUGUCACCCCUCAAACCUGGACAACAGCUUCAUCAGCCAGCACAAACACCAGUAGGCCAGGCAACAUCACAAGCCAACCUUCUUCACUUAGCUCACAACCAAGCAUCUUUAUCGCAAAGUCCUGUCCGUCAAGCAUCUUCUUCUUCUUCCUCAUCUUCUUCCUCUUCAGCUUUGAGCGUUGGACAAUUAGUCAGCAACCCACAGACUGCCAGCGGUGAGGUGGAUGGAGUAAAUCUGGAAGAAAUACGAGAAUUUGCAAAAGCUUUUAAAAUACGCCGCCUAUCCCUUGGACUUACACAAACUCAAGUGGGGCAGGCAUUAAGUGCAACAGAAGGCCCGGCCUAUAGUCAAUCUGCCAUCUGCAGACACACCAUCCUGAGAAGCCACUUUUUCCUACCACAGGAAGCCCAAGAGAACAAUAUAGCUAGCAGUCUGACAGCCAAACUGAAUCCUGGCCUUUUGUAUCCUGCCAGGUUUGAAAAGCUGGACAUCACUCCUAAAAGUGCCCAGAAGAUAAAGCCAGUCCUUGAGAGGUGGAUGGCUGAGGCUGAGGCCCGCCACCGAGCAGGUAUGCAGAACCUGACAGAAUUUAUCGGCAGUGAACCUUCAAAAAAGCGCAAGAGGCGCACUUCAUUCACCCCACAGGCCCUAGAGAUACUGAACAGCCAUUUUGAGAAGAAUACACACCCUUCUGGACAAGAGAUGACAGAAAUCGCUGAGAAGCUUAAUUAUGACAGGGAAGUGGUUCGGGUUUGGUUCUGUAAUAAGCGACAAGCUCUCAAGAACACAAUUAAACGUUUAAAACAACACGAACCAGGCACAGGAGUCCCAAUGGAGUCUUUAACGGACUCAAUGGAAGAAAACUCUUAAAACACUCAGCAUGAACUCUGUUCAUCACUCUUGUAAGUAAAAAAAAAAC